AUGGGGAUGUAUAUCAUCCCUGCGGGACUAUCCUUUAAGGAGAGAGCUCGUCGAGCGAACGUCUUCCCAAUUACGCUUGGUCCCCAUGGCAGCAACUUCGACGACGUUAUCUCUGCCCUCGAGCCGUUUAUGAAACGGCUUGACCGAGGGCAAGAAGUCACCCUUCAAGGAGGGGAGAAGGUCCUCCUCUGUGCGUUUACUAUGGCAUACCUUGGUGAUAUGCCACAGCAGCAGGAAAAUGCAGGUAUGAAGUCUCAGCGUGCAAAGCUUGGCUGUCGCAAUUGCUUCAUAGACAACGAAUCCCGCGGAGACCUCUUCUACGAUACGUUCCGAAACGGGCGAUAUCAUCAUCAAACCCUCGCGAUGCGCGAGGUUAUGAACGCCUGUAUUACGCAGGCCGCACGGGAGAGGUAUGCUACAAGAUGGGGUCUCAACCUGGCUGCCCCUUCCCUUAUAAAGAUAUCCCCUGCCCUCGAUCUUAUCAUGUCAAGACCGGGAGAUCCUGCUCACUCAGAGUAUCUGGGACUUAGUCGGAUGAUGCAUAGCCUCCUCCUCGAUGCGAUCCUUACGACGAAGGGCUGCCAGAGCUACGCCGAAACGCUCCGAUCGUUCCCCUUCCCCCCGAAUUGGCCGCAUGUCCAAGGCCCACUUCGCCACUUGAAGAGCUACUCCUUGUCUGAGCAUGCCCGGUGGUCGCUACUCCAAUCUCUCCUCCAACAAGCAGCUGAUUCGUUGACAGAGAAUCCCCGCCGUCGUCGAUCGCUUUCUCGGGAAUCUCAGCCAACCGGGACGACCCAAUCUCAGCGUACUCAAGGCCCUAGGCCCGGCGUCGAGCAUACGGUAGACGUCCCUAAGGAAUCGGCAGCAAAGGCCGUGCUAUAUCUAAGCGACAUCAAAAAGCCGAACAUGCAUACUGCUCUUCAUUAUCCUCAACUCGCAGAAGAGUAUGCUAUGCCGAGCAACUGUAACGUCCUCGUCGGCGAGGACAAGCAUCGCUUCUUUAAGAAGGUCAUCUACCAGACGAACCAUCAAAAGGUUGAGCGAGAACCCUUAUCCAGGAGGACUUACGGUAAACCAUUCGACUAUUACUACUCAACGCCUUCGCCUAUAGCGAUUCUGAGGCCUACCGCAACUUGA